GUGACCAAAAUAAACAUGCCUGCUGUGUGCUGCGCUGUGGGAUGCCACAACAAUCGCCGAAAAAAUAAAGAUAUUCGCUUGUAUUCCAUCCCAAAAGAGCCAAAACGCCGUCUAAUAUGGUUAGCUGCUAUCAGAAGAGCACACUGGACUCCAACAAAACACUCCGUGCUGUGUAAUGAGCACUUUAUAUCAGGCGAAAAAAGUGAGAACCCUAUGAGCCCUGACUUUGUGCCAUCUGUGUUCGCACACACUUCAGCUGCACAGAAACAACGAAAUGCAUACAAACUGAAGAGGUUUGAGCAAACUCAGGCACUCAAAAGAAAGAGGACCCAUGCUGUAGAUGAAUCCCAUACCACUGUAGCCAUUAAUAAUAGUGAUACAGACUUAGAGAAGACAGACAGGUGUGAUGAACACAGCUAUGCCACUACUGUGCACUCUCCACAAACUUUCACACCUUGUACCAACACGGCGUGUCAAGCUACAGUGAAAGCAUUAACUGAUGAAUGCACAGCACUGAGAGCAGAGAUCACUCGUGUCAAAGAAAAAGCAGACCGCAUGUUCUUCGAGUCUUUCAAGGACAGCGAUAAAAUGGUCCGCCAAUGUAUCCUGGUAUGAGGGGACCUCCACCAAUGCCGCCUCCAGGUUACAGUGCGGGCUCACCCAGACCUCCACCCUUCUUCUUUCAGAGAGAACCACCCCUGCCUCCACAUCCACUUGCACCACCCAGGGGUCCAAUGAGAGCUCCAAUGCCUCCCUAAACCUAAAUGUGAAGAGAUUUUUGGAACCUUAUUGUUUUUAUUAACAUACAAUUCUUUGCUUUAAUAGUUGGAUCUUGCUUCUUUGUAUAGAUUUAAUAGUUUUUUGGUUAUUUUACUUAUCCAGAACUAGCAAAGAAUAAACUUUUAGAUUACUGUGUGUAGUUUCCUUGAACUGUUAGGGUGUGUGGGUGACUUGGGGCUAGUUGUGACAAGUGCUAUACAUCUCAGUAGGUUCUGAGUCAUAAGUCCAAUUACACAAAUUGUGUUUUUGUUGUUUUUCUAGCAGUGGCUUCAAACAUCUUGUUCAAAACUUUUUAAAUUAAAAACAUAUUUGUGAAUGAUAUCUUCCAAACUAAACUUUUAAUAUUUGUUUGUUAUAGCUGUUGGGUAAACGUGUGAACACAACAAAACCACACUACCAUACAUUCUAGCAAGGAUAUACUAUAUUUUAUAUACUAUAUUUUAACUGAACGUUAGAGAACUAUGAACUGCAUUCUCAAAGUUAUUUUUAUAAAUGUCAGGGCUAGUUGUCACACAUGUUUUAAAGGUGCACUUAGUUAUUUUUUGAAGUAUGGCUAACACUGACACCUAGUGGCCUGGAUGCUGCAUAAUUCAAACAUUUACCAAUGCCAUAGUAUAAAUUCACUAUGCACAAUAAACCAGGACUAAUUUAAUCCAUGAAUAAAAGUGUCCAGUAAGAGGACAGGUAUUGAGAUUGAGCUGGUCAUGUGAUGCUAACAUGGCUGCACCCAUGAGGUGCCCCUACACCAUGUAGAAUACAAACGUUUUUUUAAAGGUUACUGAUAUGACUGAAUUCUUCAUCUCACAUAAGCGGUCAUUAUUUAAUACAUGUUACAAAUUUAAGUAACACUUUUUAAAUGCAAAAAUGACUGAGCGCAUUUUUAAAAAAAGUUCCAUUGUGCAAC